UGCACUGAAGCCAAGUGAAGCACCUCUCAACUGCACUGCACACUGCUCAGCUGUGAUUCCUGUGGCAGCCAAACCUCUCUGUCACUGACACCCCGAGGGCUCUUUCUCCCCUCCCUGCCCAUCUCUCCUGUCGGUGCCUGGGAGCUGGUGCUCAGCAGUAGCUCUAUCUCCCUGCCCAUCCUGCUGGACUGCUCCCCACCAUGUUUCAGCGUCUCACCAGCCUCUUCUUCAGUGACAGCAGCACGCCAGAGGGCCUGGAGGAGCCCAAACCCUUUGUGGAGGAAGAGGAGGAGGAGGAUGGCUGGCUCAUAAUUGAUCUUGCAGAGGAGCCCGGCCCCGACGGCGUGGGGAGCAGCCCCAUGGAGGACCUGCUCAUCGAGCACCCCAGCAUGUCGGUGUACGUGACCAGCACCCUCGAGGUGGACGGGGAGGGCCCCGAGGACGAAGCCGCAGAGUGAGUGCACUGAGAGGGUGUUGGGGGGGCAGCAGCCCCAGCACCCACUGAGGGACCAGCGCUGGUCCUGCCAUCCCAAAUCCCUGCCCACACCCAGGAAUGUUUCACCCACGGACAGAGUGUGGCAGUGGGGGACAUCAAUGCCCCACACCCACCUCAGGGAACACUGCAUAUGUGGCAGGGUGCCCCAGCUGUCACCAUGCAUGGCUGGCAGCCCCCGUGUCCAAAACCCUCUGCCAAGGGGUCUCAGUAGCAUAUUCGGAUGGCCAUGGCUGCAGGACACGAGCUUGGCACAAAGACAGGGCUGCAUUCGUCUCUCCUGUCCUUAGCAGGGUCUCCUGGCACGGCCACCUCUGCCAAGGCCACUCCUGCCAAUGCCAGUGCCACCUGUCACCUGUCCAGGGGGAGUUGCCAGGCAGGGAUUACACCAGGGGUUUGCAUAGGCAUGGCCCAAGCAAAGCAAGCCCAGUGGGACAGGGCGGCCUUUGGGCACAAUGGCCCCUGAAGACCCCCUGGUCCCUUAGGCAGGAGGGUGCUGCAGCCCCCCUCAAUCACGUGCCUGUUCCCAGACUGGCCCAGCAUGGGGGUGGGUGUCCCACAGCUGUGGGGAGUGGGACACUUCUCCUUGCCCCAAACCCCAGCUCAGCAGUGGGGAAAUCAAACAGAAAU